AUGAUCGCUAUGGCUGAGGGUGAGACCUAUACAGUGUAUGAUUCAGAUACACACCAACCAUUGACUGUCACUGUAAAUGCAGAAGAUGCACAUAAUAGCAUUCAGUAUAUUACCUCUGAUGGAACAACAGUUACUGGGCUUGCUCAGGCACAAGCAGCAGAAAUUGUUCAUGUAAGUGAAUCUCAGAAUACAGUCUACACAACCCUUUCCAAUUCCACAUUUGUGACUACACCCGCCUCUUCACAGACAUCCACAAUCAACGCCAAUGCAGUGCCUUUAGUAGUGCAGUCAAGCAAUGGUGUCCAGGUACAAAAUGUCCAAGUGCAACCAGCACUUGUGCAACAGCAACAACAAAGUGCCAAUGUUAUCCAAACACAAUCAGUGGUCCAGAACAAUGUUUCAAAUGUGGCUGGAUCAGCUAUACCCCAAAUGCUUUUUCUCAAUCAGGUGAACAUUAAUGGACAAACCUCAUUUGUGUUAGUUGAUGCCAACAACAAACCUGUUCAGUUGCCUCAAGGUAUUCAAGUGAUUAAUCUUCCCCCACAACAAGUUGGAGGUCAGCAGCUUCCUAUGGUAAAUCCUGGAGAGACUGGAGAAGAACCUUUGUAUGUAAAUGCCAAACAGUAUCAUCGAAUCUUGAAACGACGUCAAGCUCGAGCCAAAUUAGAGGCUCUUGGAAAAAUUCCUAAAGAAAGACGAAAAUAUUUAUAUGAAUCUCGGCAUCGACAUGCCAUCAACAGGCAACGUGGUCAAGGUGGUGUGUUUAUAAGUGGGCCCCGCAAAGAUCACCCAGGUGUACACCAUUCUCUUAGCCCUGCCAACGGUAGUACUCAUAUCCAAGCAACAGAAACCAAAUACAGAGAAAUAGUAGCUGCCACACGUCCCCCAAGCUCCGGACACCCUAGAGACUUGCUAAGUUCACUUGGCACGUAA